UAGGCUGAGGUCGCCCUGCCACGAUUUCACCGCUUCCCCAGAAGCGCGCGUACCGGCAGGUUACUCUUUGCACAAGGCGCGGGCGGGCACAGCCGGGGAAGGCACCGCGGAGCGGGCAGCUCCUGGCCGCCGGGCAGCUCCUGGCCGCGACCCGCGCGGAGCCCAGGCUGCACGUGGCGCAGCGCGCGGCCGGGGCCGCCGGCGCGGGCCAUGCAGCGGCGCGUCAGGAAGCCGUCGCCGGCGGCGCGUCGCCGCUGCGCGCUGCUGCUGCUGGGCUCCCUGCUGCUGGCCGCCGCCGUGGCGCUGCGCGGCGCCGCCGGGCCCUGCCGCGACGCCCGCCCGGGCGCCGACGCCCACCCCCACUGCCGCGACCGCCUCUACCGGGCGCUCACGCUCGCCGCCGACGGCAAGAUCAACUGCUCGGGGAUCGUCCGCGGGGACGCGACCGCCAUCCAGGAGGCUGCCCUCAGCAGGCUGGAGGUGGCCAACAGAAAGGUCCCCCUGGCGCCCGAGGAGUACCUGAACAUGACGAAGGACUGCAGCCGCUUCAAGGCGACGCGGCGGUUCAUCGAGUUCCCGCUGAGCCAGGAGGAGGCCGAGUUCCCCAUCGCCUACUCCAUGGUCAUCCACGACAAGAUCGAGAUGUUCGAGCGGCUCCUGCGGUCCAUCUACGCCCCCCAGAACCUCUACUGCAUCCACAUCGACAGCAAGUCGCCGGCCACCUUCCAGGAGGCCGUGCGAGCCAUCGCCGCCUGCUUCCCCAACGUCUUUGUGGCCAGCCGCCUGGAGAACGUGGUCUAUGCCUCCUGGUCCCGGCUGCAGGCUGACCUGAACUGCAUGCAGGACCUGCUCCAGAGCCCUGUGCCCUGGCGCUACCUCCUCAACACCUGCGGCACCGACUUCCCCAUCAAGACCAACGCUGAGAUCGUCCGCACUCUGAAGGUGCUGCAGGGGCGGAACAGCAUCGAGUCCGAGAGGCCCUCGGCUCUCAAGCAGGAGCGCUGGCGGUACCACCACGAAGUGACGCAGUUCAUCUUCCGGACAGCUACAAAGAAACAGCCGCCGCCGCACGGCUCCCCCAUGUUCACGGGCAACGCAUACCUCGUGGCCGCGCGGGCCUUCGUGGAGCACGUCUUCGAGAGCCCCACGGUGCAGCAGUUCCUUGAGUGGGCCAAGGACACCUACAGCCCCGACGAGCACGUCUGGGCCACCCUCAACCGCAUGCCUGGCGUGCCGGGGGCUGUGCCGCACAACAGCAAGUUCGAGCUCUCGGACAUGAACGCCAUGGCCCGCCUGGUCAAGUGGCAGUACCUGGAGGGCGACACCAGCAAGGGCGCGCCCUACCCGCCCUGCACCGGCCUGCACCAGCGCGCCGUCUGCAUCUAUGGCGCCGGGGACCUGCGCUGGAUGCUCCAGCAGCACCAUCUCUUGGCCAACAAGUUCGACCCUCUCGUGGACGAGGCGGCCAUCCAGUGCCUCGAGGUGCACCUGCGCCACAGGGCCCUCUACGGCCGGGGGCUCUGAGGGGGCGGCGCCGCGCCGCGCCGCACCGCGGGCACCGAGCGCCGCCGCGGGCACCGAGCCCCGCGCCUGCCUCCUCCCGCCGGCGGCGCCCCGGGGACGGCGGAAGGCGCGGGAGACCCUUGCCGUGAGGAGGGGCCGGGCGGCGGCGCCGGCCGCGGUGCCCUCGCCGGGCGCGCGCGCGCGCGCGCAGCCCCCGCGGCGCUCUGAGGAGAAGCGGCUGGGCGGGAGCGGGGCAGGGCCCCUCCGGCGCGCGGGGUAUAACGGUCGCCGCGGCCCCUCCGGCGCGCGGGGUAUAACGGUCGCCGCGGCCCCUCCCGCGCGCGGGGUAUAACGGUCGCCGCGGCCCCUCCCGCGCGCGGGGUAUAACGGUCGCCGCAGCGCAGGGCGCCGAGGAGCGCGGGCAGCGACAGGGCGCCGGCCCGGGGGGCCCUGUGUGAAGCAGGCCGAGCGGGUUUGCAGAGCGGGCUCCCAGGCAGCUUUCUAACGACCCGCCUUUGUUAGAAACUGGGACUUUAUUUUUUUUCCGUGCUGCACCUACAGUCUGUUCUCAGAAAUGACCCCAAAGAUUUUUUCCUGUUGUAGGCAGGUGAAGACAGGUUAUGGUGCAAGGUGACUCCACACCCUAGUACAGGUGGAGCUGAAACUUUAUAUAAUUCAUUUGCUUUCCUAAAAAAAAGCACCUGCCAUGCCCCGCAACCCAUGCCUGGCACCUGCUGCCCAGCUCAGCGUGACAUUUGGCUGCCUCCUUUGGCCUAGUCACUUCAAAGUUCUUUGUUAAUAAUUUCCAUCAAGAGCUAUAAACCAUGAAAAACCCCAUGCUUCAAUAAAAAACAAAUAUGCUGAAAUAGCCCCUUGGUAUUGUGCAUCUCCUACAGCCCUCUGAGGAGAACUGGCCAUGCCCCCAAGCAGAGCAGUUAGGCCAUUUAACCGCUCUAUACCCCAUUUCUGCAUCUAUAACACAGGGACAGUGAAGUUUACAUAUUUAAUAGUGUGCAAACCUAAGGUUUCUAAGAUCUCCCUCUCUUUCCUUGCCUGGGAAGAGAUUAUUAUGAGGGGUGCUCUCAGAAAUACAAUUUUCACAUCCAGUAUGUUAUGUGGCCUUUUAGAUAAACAAAAUAUUAUUCAACACAUUCUUUUUCUCUACAGCUUUUAGACAAACUUCUGUAUUUUACCCACCACCUCAGAUUAAAGCCAGCUACUUUCCGUAGACCCAGCAGCUCUUCACUCCCUCUAAUGCUGAGGGCUCAAUUCAGUUUUCUUUGUACUGCCAAAAAGUUUUCAAGCCUUAUGAUCAGUAAAUACUCUUAUAAUUUGAAGGUCUCCUGCAGCUAACUAGCAUUAUCCGAAGAACAUCUGAAGCAAUUCCACAGCAUCACUCUACAUUUCAAGUUAAUUUAAAUUAUGACUGAAAUCACACAGUUCUUUAAAACAUGGAUUUAAGUUAGGAUUAGGAGAUUAAAUAACUAAAUUGAGAAGGUAUGUUGUUGCAAUUUUGUUAAAUGUUUUAAAUUAAAUUUGGUAAUAAAAUGCUGAUUUUUAAAGUGACAUAUGAUUUCACGGCCAUUGUUAUAGGCAAAAAAAACCCCAAAUACUGACAAGUAAAGCUCUUAUCCUUAAUGAUAAGUGCCAAAUCAUAUUAUUAGGUAUUUAUUUGACCAAAAAGGGCAAUUAAAGUUGCAUAACUGCUGACCUGUGGGAAACUGUUUACAGGUUAUGUGAACAAGACAUUUGUUACAAUAGCGAUUAAAGUUUUAUGUUAACAUGUUAUCCUAUGCUAAGCUUAAUUUAAAUUCUAAAAUUUAUAAAUGGUUUCAGUGGUCAAUUCAGCAUUAAAUAGCAAAUAACUCCAUGUUUAGUACAUCUGCUGCCUCAGGGCAUGAACUCAAGUCUCCCACCUAGAAGACUGAAACCUAACCAUUGCUGCCAGUUCUGAUUGUGCCUGUUGGAGCUGUAAAUAACUACUAGCCCAAAGUGGUAGACAACUGCCAGUGGUUCACUGGGUGUGGGAUAUGUUCAAGGUUUUGGAUUAAGUUCAGGUAGUUCACAGGAACUUUUUAAGACCUCACAAAGUCUCACAAAGUUGGACUUUUGGAGUCAGUUUUAUAACUGUUGAGUACAGUUUUAUAACUAAAAUCCUCUUUACCUUGCUCCUACUUUUUUUUCCCCCAGUAACUUUUAGAAUAUGAAAUAGCAAAUCCAAGUCAAUAAAACCUGAACUGAAAUACUACUUCCUAAGCUAUUGAAGAUCCUCAAAACUUUAUCUCUGUGUUUACACAAACUUUUACCUACCUCAUGUCACCAUUCCAUUGCAUCGUUACCUUUUAAUAUCCUGGUUAAACAUUCUUAGUUCUCUUACAUGCCAGCCUUGCUUCUGGAAAUUCACCAUAAUUUCUUCCUGCUCUGCACUUACAGUUAAACUCCACUAUCUCCUUCAGUUUGUCUCUCUUGAUAACAUUGCAAAUGAGAUAAUCAUAACUUAGAGCGAGCAAACAGCUUGCUUUAGAAAACAUACUGUUUUGUAUGUUAAGAUUAAAGACUUAAAGAAUGCACAAAAUCCUUUUUGCUCAGAGGCCAUGUUUGAACACGAGCAGUCACUCACAGCCAAAGUUAACCUUUUGUAUCAGGGUUUAUUCUUUUCUUCCCUAUUUUUGUCAAGGUCCUUUCUAAAUACACACAUCCAUUGCAGCUCAAGGUCAAGGUGCAAAAGUGUCUUUUACUUUCUCCCCACUACUGAGAGGUGCCACUGUGGCCUUUCUAAAGUAAAUCAACAACAACGACAAUGAAAAAAAGACCAACAAAUAAAUGAAUGAGUCCACAACACUACAAGCAAGGAGAAACCAAAUAGGCAGCAGGAAGCAUGCUGAUGCUGUAGCAAGUGAGAUGACUUUACAUGUUUGCAUGGGGAAUAUCUUAUCUUUAGCUGGAUGUUUAAAUGGCUUUGUAUAACACAUACCAUUAACAAUUUUAGGUCUUCUCCCAAGAUCACAAAGUACACUCAUCUUAUGAACAAGAAAGGAGCAGCUGAAAUUCAAAUGCAGGAAACAGAAAAUGGCAAGAAAGGUAUGAAGAGAAAUAAAGCAAUAAAAGGGGAAUAAAAGGGGAAUAAAGCAAUAAAAAGCAGGAAGAAUAUUGGUACCAGAUCACCUCAUCCCCAGAUCACCCUCCCCUUCUCCCCUCUGGUGAACUGAAACAGCUUCCACAGACGCAGGGGCCUGGACAAACAAUGUCCCAGAAACAUGGUUAGAGCUGAGGAGAACGUGUGUUGCCAGGCCAGUGUCAGAGCUUGCGUUGCCCACUGCGGGGUCUGCAGGAAUUAAUUCCUUCAGAGUCACGGGCAAGCUUCUCUUCUGCAGUGAACAUGCAGCCAUUUUCAUCCCAUGAGCAGAUACUCCCUAAGGCAUCACUGGAGCAAUUCCAGAAGUCAAAAAGUUUAUUUAAAAUAAUUAUUUACCUCAACAUGCCUCGAGAGGUGUUUUCUAAAGAGAUGACAGAGUUAGAGUAAAUACUGACUGGGGAGUUUUAGAAAAAAGGUUAGCUUAAAAAUAAUAAUAAAAAGGAGAAAGAGAAAAACUAGAGGUAAGCCAGGAAUCUGAUCAGAUAGUAUUUCCAAACAAAAUACAGAAAAAACAAGAUAAGGUUGGAUUACCAGACCUUUGUGAGGUUUACUCUAGAAAAAUACACCUUAUCUCUACAUUCUGUGCCUAUUUAACAAUAAUAGGGAAUAGGCACCAAAUGCUUACUUUUAAGUGUACGACAGGAAAACUUUACAAACCACAAAGCAACACCCUAAUUCAUACUGUUUCUUCGCAUACACAAAAGCAACACUAACAUAUGCAGUUUUCAAAAGUAUAUUCACUGAGCAAAUGAAUAGUAAAGAAGUGGCACCUGGAACUUUUGCAUUGCAGCUUAAUGGUACAGGGCAAAAGGGUGCCAGAUUCUUCCAGACUGCUGUUUCUCUGCUGCAUACAGUAUAUUCUUACACACAGAUUGUCUCUAGGCUCUCAAGGACAGCAAACCACAAUAACAAACUAUAGCAGUGAUCACAAAAGCUCAAGUGUUCUUUGUCUAGCCAGGUGAACUUAUUAGUUUGUCUGCAUUUGGAUUUGAAUUCCAUAUGAUAAAAAGAUUCCAAAGAAUAGCAGGUAUCUGCAUUGCCUAACAGUGUGUUGUCAUUAAACAAAAAGAUGAUGCAUAUGUACAUUAAUUUUAAGGGCAACAAAUAGCCAAGCUUAUAACAAAAUGCUUAUUUUGCCAACUAAAUACACAGGAAACCAGAAGGACUCCACCAUGACAAUGGAAAACAAGUGGCUUUCAGAAUAAGCUUGAUGCAUCUGCCAAAAUCGAGCAAAACUAGACUAUAUUACCAAAAAAAUUUAAAUCAAGAUGUUAAAACAUAAACUAGCUGUGAAUUACUGUUUCUAGUAUCAACAGUAAUUAGCCAGGCAGCAGCAAUACAAAAGUUUAGGGUGUGCCUUUGCCCUUCUUUCCUUCAGUUUUUAUUUUUGUUUAACUUCUCCCUUCCUGAUAUCCUAUAUGAAAGGCACUCAGACUUGAGGUGAAAGGAAUUUCUACAUUAGACAGUACAUGUUACACCUGCCCAGUUGUUCCCCACUCAUUUGUAUGCUAUGUUUCAUCUAAAACAUUCCCUUCCUCCCCGUUUGAACAUGUGUUCUAGUGGUCUUAAGUCUUUCACACAGGCUAAAUUAUACAGAUUCCCCAGGACAGUCCCUUCAUUACCGUUGUGCCAAGGGAGAGAUUCCUUCCCAUAUCCAUCCAUCCAGUUGCUCCAAGUCAUUUAAGCCAGUUGUGCAUCGCUUUGAAGAUUAGAAUACUUCUAGCAAACAGAAAAAUCUUCAACAGUUCAGAAACACCCCUAACAUCUUAAUGUAUUUUUCAUUUGUCACUUGUUGCAACUACUUAACUCAGGCUAAAUAAAAGACUGAUCAAACACA